CUACUAUAUCUGAAGAAUAUAACGGAGAUGGCCUGGAAGAUCGGACGGCUCCCGUUAGUUAAGAGAUGCUUGUCAUGUGCUUUUCUGAUGCCUACUCAGACGCAGCCUCUACGUUUGCGAACAGAACAGUAAAGCUCGGAGAAGACGGUCAGGGGCACUGGCGCUCCGAGGAGUAUGCAGCAUCAACACUGGAGUCAAGAAGAGACAUGCAAGACAUUUUAGAACAUUUUCAGUUUAGAUUACUUCCCGAGGCAGUCCAGUGACCUUAUGCUACUUCCUAACUGGAUAAUUCGGAGAUACUGUGACCUAAAAAUGUCUGCCGCGUGAGUUGCAAUGUUUAUGCUAGCUUCGACGAUUCUAGCAAAUUAAAGUAACACUCGGUUCCGUAACAUACGCGGGAGUCAUCAUGACCGAUAUCAUUAUCCUCGCGUUGUUCAGAUAGAGACAAGUAUAGGACCUUGCAAAUCUGCCAUACCACGAGAACCUGUACGCUUUUUUCUCACCCAGUCACUUGGACAUGAUGGCAGAGUAAUCCAUCACGAUCAUUACCUGUCAGCCUGGCGCCGCGGUCACGGUAUCUUCCUAGUUGACUAACAUCGCCACAAACUUCGUUGUUUGGCUGAACGAACGCGGGGGCGGUUGAAAAAGCUACGUGCUUGAUGCGGAGAAGCUAUCCG